UGUCGACUCGGUCAUGUGAUCAGCUGUGUCCAAUCACAGCUGAUCACAUGUAAACAGGGAAAUGCCGACAUGUACACUGAUCAUCAGAGCACUGAUGAUCAGUGUGCCCUAAUGAUCAGUGUAGCUGAUGCAGUGCCACCUGUCAGUGCUCAUCAGUGCCAGCUGUCACUGCUCAUCAGUGCCACGUGCCAGUGCCCAUCAGUGCCACAUCAAUGCCACAUAUCAGUGCCUACCAGUGCACAUCAAUGCCACAUAUCAGUGCCCAUCUGAGCUGCCUUUCAGUGUCACCCAUCAGUGCCAGUCAGUUGCACCUAUCAAUACCAGUCAGUGCCACCUAUCAGUGCUGCCAAUCGGUGCCACC